UCAGCGGGAUAUCGUAGGUACGGCCAAGUUUAAAAUGUCUGUACUUCCGCUUCGCCACUACGAGCUAAUUGUAGUGGCCGUAGUGGCGAAACGGAAGACACUGCUGUUUAAAGUUACUUUCUGGCCUAUAUAUUGAAUCUUGACCCAGAAUGGAUACUAGUGGGAGUAUUUGUGGUAAACUUAGCUUUUCAGAACUUCAGUCUACUGGACAUAGAAGACUUCUUGAAGAAGAUGAAUUACCUGUUAAAAAAAAACUCAAGACAAGAUUGGUUGAUCUGUUUAACAGAGUUUCAAUAUGUAUGGCAUCAGGUGCUGAAGAUCACAUGAAGGUUUACUUGCGCAUCAAACCAUUGUGUAAAAAUGAAGAUGGUAAUCAGCAAUGCUUUGAGGUGGUAGAAACUGAGAAUACAAUUGUUGCAACAGCACCAGAAAUAAGUCAUUCUUACAAGAGCAUGAAAAGGGGAGUUGGAAAAUCAUCACAUAAAUUUACGUUUUCAAGAAUAUUUAAUGAAGCCACCACACAGGGUGCUUUUUUUAAUGAAACUAUGCUUGACAUGACAAAGGAUUUUAUUAGUGGACAGAACUCUCUUGUCUUUACUUAUGGGGUUACAUCCUCUGGUAAAACAUACACUAUUCAAGGUAAACCUCAAGAUGCUGGCAUUCUUCCCAGGUGUUUGGAUGUCAUAUUUAAUUCUAUAAAUGGAAAACAGAUUCCUAGCUUGACAUUGAAACCACAGAUGUUUACAGAUGUUGUACGUUUAUCAGCUGAAGAGGUUUUGGUUGAAAAAAGAAUAAAAGAAAAAACAAUGAGAAUGAGUGUUGAUGAUGAUCCAACAGUAAUGACAUUGCUUGGAGAUGAAAUGGAAUCUGUCUUAUCAGAUAAUGGCACAGCAAGUACUAGUGGUUGUGCAGAGGAUUUAUUAAAUGAAGUUAAAGAUAGAGCCCGUGAGGAACUCAAAGUUGAUGUAGAAGACCAAGGAAAGAUAAGGUUUGGUGUCUGGGUAAGCUUUGCUGAAAUCUACAAUGAACAAAUCUUUGAUCUCCUAGAGCCUAUGCCUAUUAAAAAAAAUGCAAGACGCCCAGUGUUGAAGAUAUGUGAUGAUAGGAAUGGAAAUCCUUAUGUAAAAGGCUUGAAAGAAAUACAUGUAGAAACAGCUGAUGAAGCUUAUAAGCUGUUAACUAUAGGUCAGCGAAAUUUACAGACAGCUUGCACACGUUUGAACCACUGUUCCUCUCGCAGCCAUUGCAUAUUUAACAUUAAGAUAGUCAGAGUUGCAGACAAAGAUGACCCUCACAUUGCACGAGUAAGCAUGCUAUCGUUAUGUGACCUUGCUGGAUCAGAAAGAUACUCCAAAACACAAGCAACUGGUGAUCGCCUGAAAGAAGCAGGUAACAUCAAUUCUUCUCUGAUGACACUUGGACGAUGCAUUGAAACGUUGCGACAUAACCAGCUUCACAAAGAUCAGCAAAAAUUAGUCCCAUUUCGUGACAGUAAACUGACUCGUCUUUUACAAAACUUCUUUAAUGGCAGUGGGCGAGCAGCCAUGAUAGUUAAUGUCAGUCAAUGUGCUACAAUGUUUGAUGACACACUUCAUGUUUUCAAGUUUUCUGCCAUAGCUAAACAAGUAAAAUAUAUAGAAAAACCUCCAGAAAAACCCAAAAAGACUUUGCCCCCAAGGGAAUCAAUUCAAUGGGAGACACAAGAAGCUGCCUUAAGAGCUGCACAAAAUGAUCCUCUUCCAGAGGAUGAUGAUGAGGAAGAUGAAUUGAAUGAUGAGGAAGAGGAGAGCUCUGAAAAUUUCAAGAACAUGAAAGAAAUUAGAGGAUACAUUAAAAACCUUGAGAGGAGAAAUGAAAAACUUGUGGAAAUGUUGGAAGAAGAGAUGAAUGCUGCUAGCAGUAAUGAAAAUAGAGUUAAAAAGGAAGUUACGCAAGCUAUGAUGAAGCAAGUGAUGAAUAUUGAAGAAACAUAUAGCGCUUUGCUAAAAGAGACAAGGGAAGAAGGCCAGGAAUUGGCAGAUGAACGGGUUAAAGGAAUAAUGGAAGUCUAUGAACAACGCCUUCAAAGAAUUCAAAAGAAAGUUGAUGAGGAUGAUGAAUGGGUUUCCAGCUUAUUAUAUCACCAAGAACAAGUUAAAGUUCAGGAAAGAGAUCUCCAGAUUACUGAGCUUAAAAAUUUGGUUGCACAGCUUAAAUCUCAAGUAGAAUCCAAAAAAUUGAGUGCAGAUGAUUCAGUGGAUAUUGGAAACUCUGCUGUUAUUGAAACACUUACUCAAAAAUUACAGUCAGUUUCAAAUCUUUCUAAAGAAAAGGAUGCAAAGAUAGACGAGUUGGAAUCCCUUUUAACUGAAGCUGGGGAAGUUUACAAUAAGCAUAUGGUUGACAUAAAAGAACUGAAAGAAACUAUAUGUCAACAGAAUAAAAAGUUAGAAAACCAAUUAACCUCUGUAGCGGAACUUAAUAAAAAGCUGGUUGACAUAACAGAACAAAAAGAUUCUGAAAUGAAGGCUUUGGAAGAAGACACCACAAAGAAACUAAAAAGUAAAGACAAAACUAUAUCAGCACUUGAAGAAGAGUGCAAGGAACUUCAUGAUGAAAUUGAAAGACUUCAAGAUCAAAUGAGUCAGUUAGAUGAGCAGAGUAGAUACAGAAAUGAAUUUGAAACUUCAUCAGUACCAGAAAAACUGAAUAACUCAUCAAAAAGUGUUGAUAAAAUAGUUACUAGCAUCACUAAGGGAUUAGAUGCUACUUAUGUAGAAACAGAUUCAAAAAACACAUCAUUGGAGGUCUCUCCAGCAUUUAAUCACAGCAUAGGAAAGGAGUCUCUAGAUUUAGCCAAGGGUGAAGAUAGUAUGAUUAUAUCUUUGCAAAUACAAAAUGAACAGAUGCAAGCAGACAUCUCUGAAUUAAAAGUUAAGUUAAAUCAGUCCUUGGUUGAAAUUGCAGAAGCAAAUGAAAUGAUAAAGAAUUUACAAAAUGACAAUGAAGAAAUAAAUGAAAAGUAUAAAAUUUCUGAAAUGUCUGUGAAAUCACUGCAAGAGGAAAAUAAAGCUUUAUCAGAAAAAGUGAACUCUUUGCAUCAGGCUAAUGAGGAAUUACUUGUAAAAGUUAAACAACCAACAAAUUCCUUUUCUGUGAGUAUUACUGAAAUGGUGAGGAAAAUAGAGAACAAUCUAUCUGCCAGUGAGCACCAUACUGAGGCAGAAGAAAAAUCCGAAGAUUUGAACAUCAAAGAUCAGUUGUCAGAAAUGUCAGUGUAUAAAGAACAAUUUUCCAAUAUGGAACAAGCUUACAAGGAAACCAAAGAAAAAUUGCAAGUGCUAGAAGAAUUAAAAGUUAAGCUUGAAACAGAGUUAGCUGGCCUUAAAGUAACUCUGUCUACUAAAGAAGACAACCUGAAAAAUGUAUAUGAAGAAUACAACAAAAAGCUUGAGUCUCUUCAGGCAGAGUUCACCAGCGAAGAAGAUGUUAAAACAGAAACCAUUGCAGUGUUAAAAAAGCAGUUGGAAGAUGUAAAACAGGAGUUGGAUCUUAAAAAAAAAGAGUAUGAGAAGCUUGAGUGUCAAAGACAAGAAGAUGGUGCUGAAGUUUCACAAAAACUGUUGGUUUUGGAGCGGGAAAAGAAAGCAGCUGAAAGAAGGGCAAUUGAGGCUAAAGAGAGAGAAGAAGAGUGGCAAAUGAAAUGUCAAGGGCUGGAAAAAAUUAAACAGCUAGAACAAAAGUUGCAUGAGCAACUUAGGACUACAGUAAACACCUUGAGAAAACAGUCUGAGCAAAUGAAUGAGCAAAAAGAAGAAUUAUCUGCAAAACAAGAGGAGCUGAAUCAACUUAAUGAGAAGCUUGAUUUUCUAAAAUCAUGUAAAGUUUCAAUGCAAAAAAGAGUAGAUGAUCUGCAACAAGAAAUAAAUGCAGAAAAGGAAGAAAAGAAACGUCUAGAAAAGGAUUUUCUGGAACAAACUGCUCAACUUGAUCUUAUAAAAAGUAGUUUUAAGGAAGCCGAAGAAAUGAUGGAUCAGCAGGAAAAGAUAAUUAACAGACAAGAUGAUGAUCUACUUCAUAUGAAAAAUGAAAUGAGAAUGGUUGUAAAACAGAAAGAAGAAUUAGAUGCAAUUGUGAGCUCAAAUAAUCUUGAAAUUUGUAAUUUAAAUAAUCAGAUAUCAAAACUUAAAGAAGAAGUUAGUAGACUUCAGAUACUUGAAAACAGAGCAAAAGAAGUGGAGCAGAGAGAAAAAAUUACUGAGAAUCAAAUGCAAAAAACUAGUUGUGAGAAAAAAUCAUUAGAAGACAAGCUGGAAAAGUUGGAGAAAGAAAAACUCUCCUACGAAGAAACAAUAGAAAAUUACCUAAAGAUGAGCAAGGCGUUAAAAAAAGACUUAGGUGAAUGUGAAGAAAAAUUACAUGAUGCUGAAAAACAGAAACGAACAUUAGAGAAAAAUCUUUUAAAAAUGACAGAAGAACAAAAGUCUCUAAAAGAAACAAUUGACUUAGUCCACAAAGAAAAAAGUUUAUUACAGGAACAGAUUCAUCACUUUGAGACACAAGUAAAAGAUUUGACAGAUUCCAAGAUAGAAAAUGAAAAUUUCCAUAAAAACAACCAAAAUAAGAUUUCUGAACAGUUGGAGCUUCAUAAUAAACAACUUCAACAGGAGAUUGAAUCACUGAAACUAGAUAUUCAAAGCAAACAAAAACAGUUUGAUGCCCUUCAGGAAUCUUUAAAUGAAACUGUAGAGAAUAAAAAGACUGUUGAAAAGGAACUACAGAAACAAGAAAGUAUAAAUAAAAGAAACAGAGAAGAAAUGGAGAACUGGAAGAAAGAAAAAGAUACUUGUGUGAGACAGCUAGAGAACCUGAUCAGCAAAAGACAUGAAGAAAAUAGUUUUCUUGCUCAUGAGAUUGAACAGUUGAAAAAAGACAAUUCUGAUUUAGCCAAAAAUAUGAAUACAGCUAUUAGCAUGAAAGAUUCAUUGAUAGCAGAUUUGAAAAAAGCGAACAAUACUCUUUCAAUACAGUUGGCACAUUCACAGGGUACCUGUCCUCCUCCUAAAAUGACAUCCCCAGACAAUUCUUAUUUUAAAAAUAAUGAACUCAUCGAGGAUUUAGACACAACUGGUCAUUUGGAGAUUGAUGCAACACCACCAACAGCUGCUAAGAAAGGGCGUAAGAAACAGUUGUUGAGUGAGGUAUUCCUCACACCUGUGUUCAAGUCACUUAAAACAAUAGAGGAGCAAAAUGAGAGUUCUCCAAGCAAAUCAAGUUCCAGUAGAAGCAGUCAACAUUCAUCAUCAGAACAAACAGCAGAGGCUUCCAGUAUAACACCAAUUACCAGAUCUGCAAAAAGACAAAAAGAAAACAAAAAGAAAAAAAUGCAAGAGCCAUUUAAUUUGGCAUCUUAUGUUGCUGCGGAUGAAUCACAAAAUGAAAAUGUUAAUCCAUACAGCACCAGGAGGUCCUCAAGACUUAAAACAAAAAAAUAAAAAUAGUAAGCUGUGAAAAGUUGUAUAUAAAAUACCCUCUUGUUUCCUUUGCCAUUCAAUUGUUGUACAUAAUUUAAGAUGAUCUUGUACCUUACAUGCUGCUUUUUAACAUGUAAUUUUUAUUUACUUGUAUUAAUAGGUAAAUAUUUUACUGUAUAUAGUGGAUAGACUUGUUGAUUUGAUAUUACAUUAUUUGAUAAGAUGCUGCUGUUCAUCAAUCUAGAAUUUUCUUAUUUAAGUUUAUAACAUGACAACCAUUAUGUACAUUAGUUACAAUUUGUAUAUAUUGAAAAAAAUGUGUGAAAAAGGUGAUUAUGUGUUGUAUCAAAUAUUUUUAUGAACAUUUUUAUGAAGUUUCAAUAUACAAUAUUUUAAAAUGAAAGCUACCCUUGCUUCCUGACAAAUAAAAAACACAUCAUUGCCUACAUUUUAAAAAAUGUCUUCACUGCACCAUGAUUCAUUGUAUUUGUCUAAAUUGUGUUCUUUUGUUGAACAUUUUUAUAGAUGAGGAUAAUAUGCAAUAAUUUAAAAUAAAAGUUAUUGCCACAAUAAAAUUGAUUCAUAUUGAAACUUG